AGGGCAGCAGUGCAGCGAGGGAGUGGCAGGUGGCGGUAAACACGGUGAGCGAGCGGCGAGGCGGUGUGAGGGGCGAGGUGUCUGCAGGCGAGGACUACGCUAGACAUGGAGAAUAACAUCAAUGACGACAACGCGCCCAAGACCUGUGAAUAUGAUCCAAAUGUCAAUCAAGAUGAACUCAUUAAGGCACAGGAGAAACAGAUUGCAGAAGAGAUCAAAGCCAACACAGCCAUGGUUGGAUCCUUAGAUGGCUUAAGUUCAUUGGAGGAAGAAUAUUCAAAUGAUCCUGUCUACAGCAGUAAAGUCAAAACUCUUCUCCCAAAAUUUUCAAAUGUGCGGCGAACAAGACCAGAUGGCAACUGUUUCCUGAGAGGCUUUAUAUUUGCUUACCUUGAGUAUUGCAUUCAUCACAGGGAUGAAUUAGUUAGAUUCAAGAAAUACCUUGAAAGUAGCAAAGAAGAGUUGUUUGAAAUUGGAUUUCCCAAAUUCACCACAGAGGAUUUUCAUGACAUGUUCAUGGAAGUUGUCAGUGAUCUAGAGGGUAGUGGAAGUAUUGACCGUGUGGAAGCUGUCUGCAAUGAUGCUGGAACCUCAGAUUAUCUUGUGGUGUAUUUGCGACUUCUCAUUUCUGCUCACCUACAGAAAAAUGCUGAAUUCUUCAGCUUUUUCAUUGAAGGUGGAAGGACAGUGGAGGAAUUUUGUAAACAGGAAGUUGAGCCUAUGUAUAGAGAAUGUGACCACCUGCAUAUUGUGGCCCUGACUGCAGCUGUGGGAGUUGGUGUGCGGGUCAUGUAUCUUGACCGAGGGGAGGGAGACGCCCUGGUGUCUCAUGACUUUCCUGAAGACAAGGAGCCAAUCAUUCACCUGCUGUAUCGCCCUGGGCACUAUGAUAUACUCUACAAAGCAUAAUGAUUACUUUGUAUAAUAGCUUGUUGAAAUAGAUUUUGAUAUGCAUUUUUAUUUCCCCUCAACUGACUGAGGGUAGUCAACUUUUACUCCAUCUUGUGUUUUGUCAUCUUUCCUGGCACAGAACUUUUAUCUGUGAAAUUCUAUGAUCAUUUUUUGGCAAAUGCUGUAUAUACACAUUGUGUAUAUGACCCUUAUCCCCUAAGAAAUAUUUUUGAUGUAUUUUUUGAUAGAUCUAAAUAUUCUUAUCAGUAUUUUAACUGGUAUUGUGAAUCUUGAGAUUCUUUAACAAUAUUUUCAGUGUUAUAUCACUGUAUGAUUAUUUAUUCAGUGUGUUUGUAAAAAUACUGGUUUUAUUAUUAAUAUAAGACAAUAAAAAAUUCAAUGAGUGAA